AUGGCGGCGCAGGCUGAGGUUGGGGCCCUGGCCCUGGCGCUGUGGGCCUGGGCGCUGGUUCCCGCGGGGGCCUUGGACGCCAUGGGCCCUCACGCGGCUGUCCGUCUGGCGGAGCUGCUGACCCCGGAGGAGUGCAGCCAUUUCCAGUCGCUCCUGAAGGCGCCAGAGCCGGACGUCGAGGCUGAGCUGGCCAGGCUUUCUGAGGACCGGCUGGCCCGGGCCGAGCCGCCGGAGCCCACAUCGGUGUCACCCGGCCGGCGGCGGCGGGAGGCGGCGGACCGGGCGGCUGACCCCGCGGAGGUCUCCGACGGCUGCCGGGAGGGGCUGGCGGCCUGGCUGGCGACCAAGGCCCCGACCCUGCCCUGGGACCGCGUGGCUCGGGCCCUGCGGCGCAGCGGCCGCCCGGACGUGGCCCGGGAGCUGGGCAAGAACCUCCACCAGCAGGCGACGCUGCAGCUGCGCAAGUUCGGGCAGCCCUACCUGCCGCCCGGCGCCGCUGGCGCUGCGGCGCCCCCGGCCCGCGCCCCGCGUCCCCGCCGCGCCUUGGUCGCGGAGCCCAACUGGGAUGAGUUGGAGCUGAUCGUGGAGCGACUGCCCCAGGCGCCGUAUGCUCGGAGCCCCGCGGGCUGGGCCGGGCCACUGGCGCUAGGUCUCCUCACCGGCUUCGUGGGCGCGCUGGGGGCCGGAGCGCUUAGCAUCUUGCUCACGCUGUGGAUCACGGGCGGUGACGGCGACGGGGUGCUGCCUGGCAGUACUGGCCUGCCUGCCACUGUCUGGCUCAGGCCUGUGGAGGCACACAGCUGGUGGGAGGCAAAGCCGCUCUUGACAGAAGAGCAGCUCCCCUCACUGGGGGCCUGGGCCCACUUGGCCUGGGAUGCAGGUGGGCCAGAUUCCCCCUAG